AUGUCGGUGGCCAUGACCAAGGCGGACGGGGUCACGAUGCUGACUCUGACCACUGACCCCAAAAGUAACUGGCCCCCGCUGUGUCAGAUUCUGGGAGGCCUGUGUUACACCCCCGCUUGUUGCUCGGUGUCCCGGCACUUGAGAGGUGUCAUGGGGACCUCUCAGUCAGCUUUGGGGGCGCUGCACAUCAUGACGGGUCUCCUCAGCAUCGGCCUGGGGGCCAUACUCAUGAGCAAUGGACCUGCUUCAUUUUGGGAAAUGGAUUUUACGGGUUUUCCUCACUGGCUAGGAGCGCUGUUCAUUCUCUUCGGCAUCGUCUGCAUUUUGUCCGAGAAGUUCCCGAGUCCGUGUCUGGUGUUGGUCAACGUCAUUCUAAACUUCUCAGGAAUCGCCUUCGCCAUCGCCGGCAUUGCCCUUUACGCCGGGAACUUGACUGGCAUCUCCCUGGAGUGGGGUUUUUGUCGAAAAAACCGUAAUGAUUAUUACGUCGGAAAGCGUUCCACCCUAAGUCCCGCCGGCAUUAAGUACCAACUUCGCUGCUUGGAGGCAAAAGACCUGAUUUUGAUGCUGGCGCGAGGCAUCAACGGCGUGGCCAUCGCGCUGUGCGUCCUGGAACUCUUCCUGCUCAUCAGCUCCGCCGUAUUGGCCAUCAAAUCUCUGUGCCGAAUCGGACGCAACAACAACGGGGACGACCGACAGCAGCAGAAUCUUGACCAGCCGGAGGGGUCGUACGCGCCCGAGGAGUCAGCGACGAGCAACGGCGGUGGCGUUUCCGUAGUCCUCCGCGUCCCCUACAGUUGUCCCCGAAUGCGCUCGGACCGCUCCUGA